AUGGCGCGCCCAAUCGAGUAUAUCAGUAGCAUUGACGAUUCGAAGAAUUUGUGGAAGGUUGCUGUUAGAUGUAAGCAUCUGUGGUAUGUUACCAGUUCUCAGAAUAGAGAGCACUUAGAGCUUAUUCUGUUUGAUUCAAAGUUGGAUUUGAUUCAAGCCAUUGUGCCAUCUUAUUUGGUAUCAAAAUUCAAAACACAGCUUGAACUUGGUUGUUCCUACAUAAUGCAGAAUUUCAAAGUUUCCAGCAAUGAUUUCUCCUUCAAAUCCACUGAUCAUAAGUUCAAAUUGAUUUUCUGUGGUUCAACUUCCGUCAAAAAGGUCCAACUUGCUGACAUACCUCUGAACCACCUCAAGUUAAUUGGAAUAAAUGCUAUUAUUGAGGGUAAAUACAGAACGAAUUUGUUAUAUGAUAUAAUUGGUGGGGUUACUGAAAUAUCCCAAGCCCAGAUAAUUCCUGAUAACAACAAAAGCAAGGUUGUGUUUUCAUUAACUGAUCUGAGCAAACAUCAUGUGCAAUGUACUCUUUGGGGUAAAUUAGCUGUGCAACUGAAUGAGUAUUAUACGACUCAUAAGGCUGAUGGUAGUAUUGUUCUCCUACUUAUGAAUGCAAGGAUCAAGGAACCUCAAGGAAAUUAUCCUUUAAAUGUAUUAAAUGCUUGGAACGGCACAAAACUGCUCAUCAAUGAUUUGUCUAUUGAGGAGGUUAAAAACCUUAAAGAGAAACUUAAAGAUGAUCUGCCGACGCUCUCAUCCUCGAGCAUGCAAAUGGAAACCACAAAUACCUCUGUUUUUUCUGAUUUGGACAAAUUUGUAUGGAAAGCUGAAGUGUUGAGUCUGUCUGAUAUUGCAUAUCUGCAGACUGAAACUACAUGUGUGACUGUUGCGACUCUGGAGAAGUUUGAAUGUGGGCAGUCAGGAUGGUAUUAUGAUGGAUGUAGUGAAUGUACCAAAAGUGUGACUUUGAAGGAUGGAAAAUUCAUGUGUUAUUCCAAACACAUCAGUUCUGAGCCAGUCCCAAGAUUUAAGCUUGAAGUGCUUGCCUCCGAUGGAAAGUUAAAAUACAAGUUCGUAUUUUGGGAUGUAGAUUGUGUAAAGUUGAUUGGGAAGUCCGCCCUUCAGAUGAAGUUGGAUUUGAUGGAGAUUAUGCAUAGCAGAAAUCCAUGA